AUGAGCUGUUACUAUGCAUCACAUAACGAGCCGCCACACUCGGCAAAAUUCCCGCGGCUCAGCAGACCGGUAUCUAUGAUGCGGCCAGAGUACGAUGUGGUUGUAGUCGGAUCAGGAUAUGGUGGGGGCGUUGCGGCGAGCAGAAUGGCAAGAGCGGGGAAGAGUGUUGCAAUUCUGGAAUUGGGGAAAGAGAAGUGGCCGGGGGAGUAUCCCAGCACUAUCAGUGAGGUAGUCCCUGAGUUUCAUGUCUCUGGAAAUGCCGGCAAGGGCUUACUCAAAGACGUUAAUACCGGCAAACCUACCGGGCUUUAUCAUUUCAUGCUCGGUGAAGGCCAGAGUGCGUUUGUUGGAAACGGACUCGGCGGAACAUCAUUGAUAAAUGCCAACGUCUUCCUUAGAUGCGACGAGCGGACGCUGGCAAUGGGCACCUGGGCGCCUGAAAUCCGCAAAAUUCCAGGUGUUCUGGAUGCAUACUACUCCCGAGCAGCAGAGAUGUUGCAACCUACGGCCUAUCCUGAAGAUUAUCCCCCGCUCCAGAAGCUGUCCGUGCUGGAAAAGCAAGCAAAAGCUCUCAACCAAGGACAAAACUUCUACCGAGUUCCACAGACGACCUUCUUCCAUGACGGUGUGAACAAUGCCGGCGUGGAGAUGAAAGCAUCGACAGGCUCAGGCCAGGACUGCACUGGAGUUAAUGACGGAUCGAAGAACUCGGUGCUCAUGAACUACAUCCCUGACGCUUGGAACUGGGGCGCAGAAAUCUUUUGUGAGUGUGAGGUCCGCUACAUUCACCGCGAUCGAGAUGGCAAUGGGUAUAUUGUGUUUUUCGCUUGGCACGGAGACAAGAGACAGGCGUUCAAGGAUUACUUUUACAGUGACCUGAUGUGGGUCCGAGCAAAGGAGUUUUGUUUCCUCGGAGCUGGUGCUUUGGGAACAACAGAGAUUUUGUUAAGAUCUCAGAAACACGGCCUAAAGACAUCGCGAAACAUAGGGCUAAAGCUUUCUGGUAAUGGCGAUAUACUGAGUUUCGAAGGGUACAACACAAAUGAGAUUGUCAACGGCAUCGGGAGCGAAAAUGCCCCUGCAGACAGCCCGUCUGGUCCAACAAUCACUGGAAUCAUCGACAACAGAGGCCCGGAAGCUUCUCCGAACGUGAUUGAUGGCUAUGUCAUCGAAGAGGGCUGCGUCCCCACAGCGCUUGCCCCCGCACUUCAGACAACGCUGGAGGCCCUGCCCAACAAGCGAAAUCCUAAAAAAUACAGCAUAAUGGACCGAUUGCGGCAUUUGUUGUAUCAGGCUAAAUCGAGAAUCUUCGGACCGUAUGCGAAUGGAGGCUCAGUCAAUCGCACACAAACCUAUCUCAUUAUGUCCCACGACAGCAAUGAGGCCAUGGUCACGCUUGAAAAUGACAAGCCAUCUCUGCAGUUUCUGGGCGUGAGCAGAGAAGAGCACGUUAAGGACCUCCAUGAGGUCUUACAGAAAGCUACCAACGCCAUCGGUGGAACACUGAUCAAUUCGCCGUUUCCCGCUGAAUCCGGCCAGCAUGAUGGCAUCACAGUUCACCCACUUGGUGGAGCCAUAAUGAGCUAUGACGGAACCGGAAAAGGUGGUGCUACAAACCACCUCGGCCAGGUGUUUGCAGGCAACAGCACCGAAGUUCACGAAGGUCUCGUUUGUGUGGACGGAUCUGUGAUCCCCACUGCUCUCGGCGUGAACCCGUUUGCCACAAUCACUGCCUUGGCAGAGCGAUCUAUUGCACUGCUUACUCGAAAACGUGACUGGAACAUCGAUUUCGAGACAAAGAAUGGCCAUCUUAACUUGUUUGGAAAACCAAAGAAGCCAUCGCUCUUGGCUCCAGAUAUUGCUGAAGCUAAAGAAGUGAUCAGAAAAGCCGGAGGUGCCAGCGGUGUCCGGUUUACAGAGGUUAUGAAUGGGCACAUUUAUCUCGGGGAUGAUAUCGACGAUUUUGUUGUCGCGGAGAGUGUUGCAAAAGGAUCAUCAACUACUGCCAGGCUGUACCUGAGCGUCGACGCUUAUAAUGUGGAGGAUUCAGUGUCAAGAUGUACUGGUUAUGCAUCCAUCGCCACUGGUACAUUCUCUUGCGGGGCUCUGUCGAGAGAUCCUCUCUUGGUUCUUCGAGGGAAAAUACAGUUUUUCUCCGAAGAUCAGAGCACAUCAGACGCUACGAAUUUGGUUUACAAACUCCCGCUUCUGAGCACUGAAGGCAAAAACUAUUCACUGAACGGCUACAAGACGAUAGACGCGAACAUGGCUUUCUCCAUCUCCGACACUUGGAGGGCUACCACAACGCUCUAUACUACUAUAACUGAGGAAGACGGAUCCAUUACCGGGAGAGGCAUUCUGCACAUCUCGAAGCGCAAAUUCGCCUCUGAAAUAAGAAGCUUUAGCUCGACAAGCGGAGGCUUCCUUGAAAGCGUCUUAUCAAUCUCGCAAUUUCUAACAUACUUCACGAAAAACAUAGCCGACUACUUUCUUGGCCCACUGGACACACUGGACUACUCAUAUCCAGACAAGAGUGGAUACCUACCGAAGGAGCCGCCAGUGGAAACCGAGAUCCUGACAGCUCAGGACGGCGUGGAGGUGCCAAUACGUUUGUGGGCACCCACAAUAUCAAAAGAGGAGGCUAUCAGCAAGCGUCCACUGCUCUUCAUACCCGGCUCGUCAGUCGACCACCAUGCCUUUGCAUUGCCAACCAUCCCUCUCAACACCAUCGAGUACUUCACCGCCCGAGGCCACGCUUGCUACGUAGUGACACCGCGUUUCGGGCGCACACCCGCCGCCAUAAGUGGCGGCACCGAGUUCGAUGCACGUCUCGACAUCCUUGCCGCCAUACACUACGUCCGUCAGCAGCACAAAGAAAGGAUCUACAUUAUCUGCCACUGUCAAGGCGCAAUAGCAACAGCAAUGGGUCUUCUCGACGGCACAAUACCACCCGACUGGAUCCAAGGCCUCACAUGCAGCCAAGUAUUCCUAACCCCUAUCUUCAGCAAAGCCAACAUGCUCAAAAGCCGCACAAAUAUCCUUGCCCGCGCGUAUGCCCUCCUCGCUGGCCCCUGGUUCCCCAUCCCGAGCACGCCUGCCUCUCCACCUUUCCAACGUCUCCUCGACCAGCUCCUCCGUUUCUACCCUGUCGGCGCGCGCAACGAACUCUGUAACUCCCCUGCCUGCCAUCGCUUCACGCUGGCAUACUCUCGGUGCUGGAACCACGCGAACCUGAACAGGGCCACACACCGCGCGCUACCGGCCCUGCUGGGCGGGAUGCACACCAGACUGAUCGAGCACGUCAUGGCGUGCGGACGAGCGAACGCUGUGCUUGAUAGUGAGGGUCACAGCCUCGUUACACCAGAGGGGCUAGAGCGUUUGAGAGGACUGCCGGUGAUAUUGCUUGCGGGUGCGGAGAACGCAGUGUACGACCCGAUGGGCACAGCAUUUGAUUAUGACUUGUUGCGCAGCUUUUUUGGACCGGAGCUGUAUCAGCGACAUUUGGUGCAGGAGUAUGGGCAUCUUGAUUGCUGGAUGGGGAAGCGGGCGUGUGAAGAUGUUUAUCCAAGGGUUGCGGAACAUGUGGAGUGGUGUGAGACGGCGAGAAAUGAGGUAGAUGCGGAAGAGUGGGUAAUUGACGGGUAUAGUGUGGAAGCGGAGGUGAGCCUUGAAAGUCUCGAGUACAACUGUUAA